CGACACCUUCCAUGCACCCGACUGUGCCAGUCCACAUUGAAAGUAUAUAUAUAUAGACAGCGCUUGCAGCAACAGCCACCAUGAAAGCGCGAACUCUAGUCCCGUUCACCUUCGACCUGCUCCCGCUCGGUGCGGUAAAGCCGCGAGGAUGGAUGCGAGACCAGCUGAAUCUCAGUGCAACAGGGCUUGGAGGGAAUAUUUACAAGUUUCAUCGCUUCGUCAAAGGCAGCAAAUGGUUGGGCGGCAAUGUUGAGUACAGCCCGCUUAACGAAUCUGCGCCCUACUGGUACAACUAUAUUGUACCGCUUGCUUAUUUGCUCGACGAUGAGGGUUUGAAGAAGCAAGCAAAUGAGUUUUUGGAUCUGAUCCUGAAAAAUCAACACGCAGAUGGUUGGAUUGGCCCGGAGUUUACAAGGCAUGGGCGGGGAAUCUGGGCUCGAUGUUUGGUCUUGAUGGGUAUGGUGAAUCACGCCCUCGCAGACCCCGCUCAGUACGAGCGUAUUGUCCAGGCAAUGCUCCGCUUCACCAGGCUCGCGAAUUCCAUGCUCAAAGACAACUUUCAGGGUUUAAUACCACACCCGGGAGAUGAGUUUGAUGAGUUCUGCAUCACGCGCGCACACGAGUUAUCAACCUCUUUGCAGUGGUUGUACGAGCAGGUGGAUAACAAGCAGGAUAAGGAGGUUAUUUGGGAGACAAUGGAUCUCGCAUGGAAAGCUACUCGUGAAGGAGACCGUGACUGGUCGAAGUUCUUUACCGAGCAACAGUUUCCCAAAGAGCCGGCUGCUCAGGGAUCCACAUUGAUCAAGCACGUCGUGAAUGUAGCUGAAGCAUUGCGUUAUAUCCCACAACUAUAUCGAAUGACCCAUGAUCAUGGCCUAGUCGAACAUGCUCGCCAAUCCGUCGAAAUGGUAUUUAAAUACCACGGAACAACUUUUGGGGCGCUCGCUGGUGAUGAAUUCCUAGCUGGGCUGCACCCGAAACGAGGUGCUGAAUUGUGCGGCACUGUAGAACUGAUAUUUUCGCUUUCCUAUCUCUAUCGCCUGUUUGGAGAGACACAGUAUGCCGACCGGGCAGAACUCGCCACAUACAACGGCUUACCGGCUGGUGUUACACCGGAUUGGUGGGCUCAUAAUUAUCUCACCCAAAGCAAUGAGCCCUGGGCAAGGAAUCUUCAGAACUGGCCAUUUUAUAACUGUGGGGGACGCGCUCUGGUAUAUGGAUUGGAAGUCAACUACCCAUGCUGCUUGGUCAAUCAUGCCCAAGGCCUUCCGAAGUUUGCCAUGAACGCAUUUGUCGCAAGUCCCGACCUCAAAUCGAUUGCCCAUCAGUUUCUAUUCGCAGCUGAGGCAACGAUUCCAGUCGAAGCUGACAGCCCUAUUCACAUCACAAGUGAGACUUAUUAUCCAUUUGAUGAAAAAAUCACGUACAAGAUUGAAUCAAGCCGCAGCUUUGACUUUUAUAUUCGCAUUCCCGAAUGGGCUACCAAAGGAAGUACAAUCAAGAAAGAUCUUGCCAGCAAUGACGUCCAGGAAGAGGCGGUACAGCCCGACUCAAAUGGCUUGUAUAAAGUAUCGAUUUCUCCCGGCAAAACUGCCUUCAAGGUAACACUGAACGCUGCCAUUCGUAUCGUCCCUCGACCCAACAAUGCAGUUGCUAUUUACCGAGGCGCACUCUUGUAUGCUAUGGAAAUUCCGCACAAAGCCAACGUUGGGCCCCCGAGGCACUUUUCCGAAUGGACCCCCUUGCCCGAUGACGACAAGUACGCGAAAGAAGUUCGCGACGUGGAGUAUACGCCGACCAGCGACUGGAAGGUAGCCAUUGACCCGUCACAAGCACAAUUUCACCGCACCGAAAUCAAGGGAGAGCUGGCCAACCCCAUCUUUGAAUCUGGCGCCCCGCCAGUAUCUAUUACCAUCGCAGGAACGAAGAUUUCCAACUGGGAGCUAGAAGGAGAUUGCGCAGGUCUUCCUCCAUCGAAGCCAGCAGCAACGGGCAAACCGUUUGCUGUAAAACUUGUCCCAUUUGCAAGCGCAAAACUGCAUAUAUCAGAAUUCCCUACUGUGAAAUUGGGAAAGGUGCAUUUGGAUAAAGUAGGUUCCCACUGCUCUGUUAUGUAAACCGCACAAAAAAUGCCUAUUCUUUUGUUUGGGACACGAUUUUCCACAAGUUUCUACCAUUUUGGUAGACUUGUUUUUCUACUUCCCAUUUACCUGAGGAUGUAUAUAGGCGAGAUUUUGGUUCCUCGGGCCAUCCUCGAUCAGUCGGCUAUGUCGUCGCGUCGUGAAGCAUAAAUAGUUUUAUCGAAACAUCAAUGAUAUAAGCAAGUGCCGAAGGCAAUGAUCAUCCGGUUCAUUUACCUUAUUACACUGACUCCUAGGA